UCUGGAUUGAGAGUGGAUUCAGUUGAUAACCGAGCGGUGUGGAGAGCAGAACAUCGUUGAGCAGCGGACUUAAGUGGACAACAAAACAAUGAUCGCACAUCUAAGGCACUUGACGAGGCGUGGCGUGUUCCCAGGCCAAUUGCAGCAGCUGCGCAGUGUGUCCUAUCUGAUUGAUCAGCCCGAGUACAGCUUCCUCAAGGAUCUGGGUCUGGAGCGUGACAAUCCCGGCGUCUAUUCGGGUCAGUGGCAGGGUCGUGGUCAAAGCAUCACUAGCUAUGAUCCUGGCACCGGUCAAGCCAUUGCCACAGUGCGUCAGGGCAAUGUGCAAGAGCUGCAUAACGCCGUUGGUCUGACCGUGGAGGCGUACAAGCAUUGGCGACAGGUUCCCGCUCCCGUGCGUGGCGAGAUUGUGCGUCAGAUUGGCGAUGAGCUGCGCAAGUACAAGGAGCCACUGGGCAAGCUGGUCUCCCUGGAGGUGGGCAAGAUCUACAGCGAGGGUCAGGGCGAGGUGCAAGAGUUCAUUGACAUUUGUGACUAUGCCGUCGGCUUGUCCCGCAUCUAUGCUGGCCAACUCAUCAAUUCGGAGCGUGCUCAGCACACCAUUCUCGAGGCCUGGCGUCCACUUGGCCUGGUUGGCGUCAUAUCCGCCUACAACUUUCCCAACGCGGUGUUCGGCUGGAAUGCAGCCAUCGCACUGACAACCGGCAACACUGUGCUCUGGAAGGGAGCGCCCAGCACACCACUUGUCUCCGUGGCCACCACCAAGAUUGUGGCCGAUGUGCUGCAACGCAACAACUUGCCACCUGUGGUCAGUCUCUGCCAGGGCGGCACAGAUGUCGGAGCUGCUCUCGUUGCCGACAAACGUGUCAAUCUGGUGAGCUUCACGGGCAGCUGUCAAACCGGCCGCGAUGUGGGCGUGGAGGUGCAGCGUCGCUUUGGCAAGGUCAUCCUGGAGCUGGGCGGCAAUAAUGCGCUGAUCAUUGAUGAAACGGCCAAUGUGAAAAUGGCCUUGGAUGCGGCACUCUUUGGCUGCAUUGGCACCACCGGACAGCGUUGCACCACCACCAGACGCAUCAUUGUGCACGAGAAACUGCACGACAACUUCGUGGAGGCCCUGACCGCCAAGUAUGCGCAGCUAUUGCCCCGAAUUGGCCACCAACUGGAGGCGGAAACACUUGUCGGACCUGUGCACACACAACAGAAUGUGGACAACUAUAAGGCGACCAUUGAUGAGGCCAAGCUGCUGGGUGGCACUGUCGCCUUCGGUGGACGUGUGGUGCAGCGUCCCGGACACUAUGUGGAGCCCACCAUCAUCACUGGACUGUCCCACGACGCGAGUGUCGUCCAUCGCGAAACCUUUGCUCCUAUCGUGUAUGUGCUGAAAACACGCAGUGUGGACGAGGCCAUCGCCUGGAACAAUGAGGUGGAGCAGGGACUGUCGUCAGCCAUCUUCACCGAGAACAUGACUCAAGCCUUCAAGUGGAUCGGUGCCCAGGGCUCUGACUGUGGCAUUGUCAACAUUAACACCACCACAAACGGUGCUGAAAUCGGAGGCGCCUUUGGUGGCGAGAAGGCAACUGGAGGUGGUCGGGAAUCGGGCUCGGAUGCCUGGAAGCAAUACUGCAAACGUGCCACCAUCACAUUGAAUCACUCAGGCGAACUUGCCUGCGCCCAGGGCGUCGUCUUCAAUGUGGAGUAAACAAACUAUUGGAAUACAAUCAAUAUACAUGCUUUAUAAAUCAUUUAGUCACUUUAAUUAUAUUAUUAAAAUGUUUCAAAAAAUGCAUCAAAUUUAAA